AUGCGGGAGGGCGAGAAGGACGUGCAGAGCCGGCACGCCGAGGUGCAGGGGUCGGUCCAGGCAUUGCUCAGCGAGGUGCAGCAUGCCAAGCGCCUGGCCGACGGGCUCCUGAUGGAAGCCGCCUCGCCCAAUGAUUCGCCCGCAGACGGCGACGCGGAGCCGCGCCAGGAGGAGGGCCUCGCGCUCGAGGUGCGGCCCGCGGGCGACCUCUGGCCGCCGGGCGGCGCCGCGGAGUGCUGGGAGCACCUCGCGCCGAGCGGGCCGCUGCCGCCGCUGAUCGGCGAGCCGAACUCCGCGCUGUCCACCGCGCUGGCGCGGGUGAGCGGCCCGAUGUCGCAGCAGCUGCUGCAGCAGCCCAAGGCCCUCGCAGCCGACGGCGCGCCGGCCUGCGGGGCGGGCCAGCUCGCGGACAGCUACGAGCGGUACGUUGCCGACCUGUUCUACGUCCCCCCCAGCCAGUCUGGCGGAGCCAGGCUCGGCGGGAGCGCCGGCGCCGGCGGCUGUGCCGACAACGCGGCCUGCAGGCGCCACCAGUACCUGAGCCGCAUGCUGCAGCAGAUUCGGCGCAUCAGCGCCAUCCUAAAGGGGAGCUCGUCGUUCUGGGCCGCCAUGGGCAGGGAGGUACAGAUGCUGGCGGACAUGAAGGACUACAUGGUCACCCUCGCCAACGCCACCGACUUGAGCACCGGCCUGGCGGAGCAGUUGGUCCUGAGGCUGGGUCGGUACAACAGCUCCUGGGCAUCCCUGGAGCAGCUGAGCAGGCAGUUCUGCGACGAUUAUCAGACCAUGUCGGAAGAAGCAGACGUGCACAUGCGCGCCUACGAGGACGCCCAGGACCUCAAGGGCCCUCCAACGCGGCAGCGGGACUACUGA